AUGGAUAAAAUUUGGAUAACCUGCUUGCUAUUGAUUAUCGCCAUCAUUUACGUGCAAACGAAUGGACAAUCAACAGUGAACGUGCAGCUGGUGGUGACAAAGUACGUCGAGCGGGGCAGUGCGGUAGCCCUUUACUGCGAAAACGAUGUCCUACCCGACAUUCUGUACAAGGUGACGUUCUUGAAGGAGGGCAGUAAAAUAUUCGAAUACAUCAAGGGGAGAAGUCCACUUUAUCGAAAUUAUAGCAUAGCGGGAGCAGAAAUCGAUUGGAAAAAGGUUACUCCUUCGACGCUGACCUUGAAGAACGUAGACUACGAUGCGUCCGGUACGUACUACUGCGAAGUAUCUACCGAUACGCCCAUCUUCACCAAGGCUUCGAACGACGAAAUGCUGCAUGUGAUACUUAAACAAAAGGGACCACCGACGAUCGAAUUUGCCAAGAAGCAGCUAUACUAUGGCGACAUGCUGAUUGCGAACUGCACCACGUCGAGAGCCCGUCCGCCACCGCACAUUACAUGGCUGAUUAAUGGCAAGCAGGUGGAUGACGUCCAUGUUCGGCAGUUACAUCAUAAUUCAAAGAAUAGCCAUCGCGCGAAGACACAGCAAACCACUGGACAGCAGUCGACCGUUUACCAUGGGAAGGUCAUCGGUUCCGGGAGCGGUUCGAGCGGCAGCGGCAGCUUGAAGGAGCUGAAGCAGCGCACGAAAGCGGUGGAGAAUGACUUUCAAGACCUGCUGACGAAGUCAACGAACGCAAUGGGCUUGGGCGGCGGCAACGGUGGUUACUCCAGCUUCGAGAUCCAACCCAACGUAGGCUACCACAACUUUGAGAGUGGCUACAACUACGGUGUCAAGAUGCACCAUCCCGGGCGAGAGCGGAGCGGUGGUAGCACGAUUGGGCUGUUGAACGGCGCGUUCGGUGGGUCGGCGUACGGCAGCUUCGGCGGUAUGGCGGGCCUCGGGUCACUCGGUAACGGGCCCGGGCUCGGUGCGUCCGACGUUAUCCUGGAGGAGAGUGAUAAAAAGACUUGGCAGCGGAACGACUACUACAACCAAUACUACGACAAUAAGCAGCUACAGCAACAGCAGCAGCAGCACUAUGACAACGGCUACAGAAAGCACCGCACCAUGUACGAGCACAAAUAUCGGCGGCACGUGAACGAGGGCGAGCCACGGAAAAGUCACCGGGUAUCUGCCUCGUACAGCCAGCUGUCGAUUCGCAUCACCGAAGCGCAGACAAACGACCUGGGUCGGAUAGAGAUCACAUGCCUAGCGACGAUUCCGGCACACCUCGAACCUGGCACGGAGCAGUUCGCCGACUACAAAACAUCAUCAAUCAAGCUUGACAUUGAGCACAAUGAUCAAACGUCCCCUCAACCAUCGAUGAGCGGCAUGGCCGCGUUCGGCAACUCCGGUGCCGUGCAGAACAGCUUUCAUACCGUGCCCGUGCACAGCCGGGCUACGAUGGCUUUGACCAGCGCGCUUAUAGCACUAGCAUCUGCCUACUAUCGCGCCCGGACACAGUGUGCGUAA